GUUUUGUCCUUAUCAAACUCAUAUUACUGGAGGUUGAUAAAAGAGAGUCUUAUCUAGUCCUGUUUGAUGUUUCUAGUAAGUAAAGCAAUAUUUUUAUUGAUGCCUGAAUGGACUAGUAUCUCUUUGAGUUUUAUGGAGUAAAUACGGAUUUAAAGUACGUAAUUAUUGUUAAACAUAGUGUUGUUCAGUUAAUUGUAGAUAAUAUGGAAUUAAAUAAUUACAAGAAGAAACUGAAAGCUCUUUUUGAAAGGUUUACUCAGAAAAAUUAUCAUCUGAAACCAUACUACACGAAAGCUCUUGCUCUGUGUUUUGAUAACUGCACUGAGAAAAGCAUUGAAAAACAACUAUUGGAAACAGCAUUUUUUUCAGACCUGGUAUUAUGUGCAUUACUGAAUGUGGAGCAAAUUCCAUGCACAGCUAUAAAAACAUUCCUUGUUGAAAUUGUGACUGUUCUCGUCAAGAAUGAGCUACAAUAUUGUAAGCUAUUGUAUUUACAUGGGUUUCAAACUAUGGUAGCAAAAUUGAGUUUAUUGAGUGAGGGUGCUACAACACCUGCCUACCAAUUAGCAUUUACAAAGCUACCAACAGCACAGAUUAUUCAUAGUCCAGGAAUAGCAACAAUAGUUGAAACGAAAGCAUGGAUACAUAUACUGCGACCAAAGACUCAUCACAAACCAGCACCUGUGGCCAGAAGCAUUUACAGUUUUAUAUCCCAGCUAGUUUGGAAGCUAAAUACAUAUGAAGAAGAGCACGCUUUAGAGGAAUUAUUGCAAUACAUACUGAGCCCUUUUAUGAAUAAUCACCAAUUAACGACAAUUGAGGUUGGAAAUGAGAAAGAGAAGGCAGAUCAAGUGUUAUCAUUUUUACAUGCUUUCUUAGCUAUUUUCGAUGAUAUACCAAAUCUUAUGAAACCAAGUAGAGUGAUGCAGCUACUAAACCGAACUUAUAUCGUACAAGGCCAUUUGCACUUCCUGUCUCAAGCGACUAGAGAUGAUGACGUACAAAUAAUUCUUGUAGAAUGUAUUUUUCGUUUUUUUGUUGCGUCAGCCAGAGAUAACAUGAUGGCACACGGAAAAACAAACAGUGACUUUUUAAAUGAUGUUCUAGCAGCAUAUAAUAAUAUCAUAAAUUUUUUAAUUAGCCAGCGAAUGGUGACAGUACUAAUAAAUUUUACAAUAAAAUGCAUUAUGUAUUGGUCUAAGCUUGAGAGCGUGGAUGGUAUCUCACAGACAUUCGAUAUUAAUGGGCAUACGUUUGAUAUGCGGAAUCAACUUGUAUUGCUUGCGGUUGUUCCCAUACUUACUUACGCCGCACAUUACAGUAAAAAAGACACUUUUGUCGAUACAUUUUAUUUUAAAUUUACCGCAAUAUCAACAGAACAUAUCGUUAAAUUAUAUUUUAAGUACAAAACACUUUUGGAAUCGACUGAUAUAAAAAAGAAUUGCUUAUUAGCUCUCAGAGAAGCGUUUAAACUAAAGGGAUACCUGAACGUAGCACAAGCAGGAAUUGUAUACCAGUCGCUGUAUUACGCACUAGACUGUCAUGUGGCCACUGAUGGAUCAGGAAGUUUGAUUCCAAACAGAACCCCAUUGACUUCUGUGGAAGACACAAAGAUUUUAUCGUUCGUCUUCGAUUUCAUGUUUAAACUCCUUAAAGAGCACCAAAUCAAUUGGUACGACAGUCUAGAAAUCAUUUGUUAUCAAAAUACCAUAAUGAAUGUAUUGCAUAAUAAUAUUCUGCCGACCAAGCUUUUGAUUCAGGCUCUAAAUUUGAUCGACUUGAGCAUCAAAAAUUUCUUAUCACCAGAUUUAUCACUUCUGGUAGAAAGUAAAAAUGGGAGCACACUGAACGAAAUAGGAAAAGUUGUCAGAUCGUUUAUGUAUCACGAAGAAUGGGAAAUCAGAGAUUCUGCGUUACAAAUAGUAUUGAGUUGUACAGACGUUGCUUACGUAAAGUAUGUUCCGCUACAAAAGUUAAUUUUACAAAAUAGUCUUAUAGCAGAAGCUGCUAGAAUAGUUAUUGAUGAUAACGAAUACUAUGUUCAGGCCAGCGCUAUGAAAUGUCUAGCUUCAGCCGCCAGAAUAGAAAGUAUUUGGAGAGAAGUUCUAUUGGUGCAUCCUCAUCUAUAUAAGCAAUUACUAUGUGUAAUAUGCCAUAAUCCUGAGGGGAUGGUUAGAAUGGAAGCAAUAAAUGUUUUAACAGAACUGUAUGUGCAUCAGAGACUUCCAAAAUCGUUUAUUAAAUGUCUCUACAGCAAAAUGACAAUAUCAGCUAUUGAUGACUUGCAUUGGGAAGUCCAACUAUCGGCGUUAAACUUUUGGAAACAAGUUAUUCAAUCACUUCUAUCAGAUAGAGGCAUGAUCGACGGGAAGUUUCCUGCAAUGACAUUUUCAAAAGAAAAGAGAAAGAUAAUCACUUUGAAUAAUGCCGAGAUUACGAGACAGCUUACAUGCAUAAUGGACUCUUUGUCUUCCAUCGGAUGUUUGGACGUUUUAGUUGAGUGCCUAAAUGAAGAAUAUAAUACAACAGUAAUGGAACAGGCAUAUGCUAUAUCCAAAGAUAUUAUGUCUAUUUUGGAUUAUUACAAAUAUGAAAUACCUUCAAUUACAGAUUUUUCAAGUUCUACUAUGCCUGAUCAGUUGCAAAAUUUUGAACUAAAUAUUGCAAGUGAUCCUAUGGGUUUCGAUAGCGAUAUGAUGUCGUUUGACAACAGUGACAUAGUUGAUCGAAAUGUUAUUAUAGAUAAGAUCACAUCAACAAGUGAUGCUGAACUGAUUGGGGAAAUGUUUGAUAAUUAUAUUUCUAUUAAAAACGAUGACUGUAUUGAGGAUUCGCCGACUCAAUCAAAGCGCAAAACUAUCACACCAUAUGAUUUUAUAUCGAACUUCAAGCAAACCGAUUAUUUAUCUAAAUUGAAAAAUAAAGAGAACUGGAACCUUAGUAAUUUGGAUACGCUAUUAGAUGAAAUUUUUAAUUUAGAAGACGAAAAUAAUUUGCUUCAUGAUGAAUGUGCGUAUUUAUAAUAAUAUUUUAUG